AUGGGAAAUCAUGGUGAAGAUGUCAAGGAGUUAUAUUAUUAUUUAGAUGCUCUACCAAAUCAUAACUAUAAUAAAGCUUUAUAUAAAUACCCACUAUCACAGUUCCCUUAUAAACAAUUGAUAGAGAAGAAUACAACUAGAGAUCAACAGGAGGCGGAGUUUGAAUUGAUCGACACAGGAAUAUUUGACAGUGGAUAUUGGGAUAUAACAAUAGAAUAUAUAAAAGAUAAACCUAACAUUACUUAUUGUUGUUGUACUGUUAAAAAUAAUGGAGACCAAAUUCAUACAUUACACAUUUUACCUCAAGUUUGGUUCAGAAAUACCUGGAGUUCUGCUAGAGGUGAAGAAGAAAAACCACAUCUAAAGAAAUUAAAUAGUAAUACAGUGCAAGCUAGAUAUAAAUAUGGGCAGUAUAUAAUAGAGUAUCUAUCUAGUAAUGAAAUACCUGUAGAUCUGAUAUUCACUGAGAAUGAAACAUCACCUGAAUUCUAUCAAUCUGAUGAGAAAAGAAAACAACAUCACUCACCAUCAGAUAGUCAAUAUUAUAAAGAUGCUUUUCAGCAUUAUAUUGUUAAAGGAGAUGAAUCAAAAGUUAACCAUGGUAACUGUGGAACAAAAUGUGCUGGUGUCUACAUUGUUACAGUACCAAGUGGACAAGAGACACAAAUAUACUGGACAAUCAAACCUUUAGAAGAACCAUCAACCAAUGUAGACAUGAUCAAAUCAGUCCUAACACAGAAGAAACAAGAAACUGAUCAAUUUUAUGAUAAAUUACUACCAGGUAACUGGAGUUGUGAAGAAAAGGUAAUAUGUAGACAAGCUAUAGCAGGGUUAUUAUGGUCUAAACAAUAUUAUUAUUAUCAUCCACAAGUAAACCAUCAAGAAUUGGUAAAAUUAAAUAAGGUAGCUACUAAUUCUUGGAAUGAAGACUGGCACCAUUUACAGAACCAUGAUAUCAUUUCAGUUCCUGAUAAAUGGGAAUUUCCAUGGUAUGCACCAUGGGAUACAGCGUUUCAGAUGUUAGUAAUGGCUAGAAUAGAUAUAAAAUAUAGUAAAGAACAAGUAUUAUUGUUUUUAUCUGAUAGAUAUAUUAAACAGAAUGGACAGAUACCAGGCUGUGAGUUUGAUUGUAAUGCAGCCAACCCACCAUUGUUUGCCUGGAUUAGUUAUCAUUUGUAUCAAACAGAUCCUCAUUCUGAUAAACAAUUCUUGAAGUCCUGUUUCACUCAACUUCUGAAGAAUUUUAAUUGGUGGAAAGAUACAUUGGAAAUAAAGGGAAGUAAUUUAUAUAGUGGAGGAUUUCUGGGACUGGACAAUAUUAGUAUUAUAGAUAGAACAUCCAGUUCUUUACCUAGUGGCACACAAAUACAACAGGUUGAUGGAACAGCAUGGAUGGCUUACUAUUGUUUAACAAUGUUAGAGAUAGCUCUAGAAUUAGAAGAGUUUAAGAAAGCUGAAAUGUUUAUAGAGAUAUUUCUUGAAAUAGCUCAUCAAUUAACUCAAUCUAUAACUACAACGGGUUUGUGGUUUAAUCGUCACAAGUUUUUCUUUGAUGUGGUACUUACUGGUGAAGAGAGAAAACCAAUCAAGAUAGAAUCUCUAGUUGGAGUUAUCCCCCUUCUCGCAUGCAGAAUCAUUACAAUACCAAAUGGCUUCAAGAAAUCUGCUGUAAAUGAAUUAGAAAAUGGUGACAAGUUCUUCUUCUCAGUUGUGAAUGAAUACAAAUUCAAACAGGUUUUAAAGACUCUUCUGUUUGAGAGGGAGUUUUUGUCACCAUUCGGCAUUCGGUCUUUAUCAAAGGUCUAUGAUUAUGAAAGUGGUCAUAUGUUUAAUCCAUUAACCAAUCAAAAUGAGUUAUUUUGCUACUGUCCUGGUGAAUCUGAUUCUGAUUUAUUUGGUGGAAAUAGUAAUUGGAGAGGUCCAGUGUGGUUACCAAUGAAUUAUUUACUAAUAGAAAGCUUAAAGUUAUAUGACAGUGUGUAUAAGAUCAAGAUGUGUUACCCGUCUGAAUCAAACAGACUCAUAGAUCUGAGUAAAAUAAUAUCAGAUUUAAAACAUAGGAUAUCCAGUUUAUUUACUUUUAAUAAAGAUGGUAAAAGACCUCUACAUGGUGAUAUCAAAGAAUACAGUAAAACUGGUGGCUGGAAAGAUCUCAUUUUAUUCUAUGAAUAUUUUAAUCCUGAAACAGGAAAAGGAUGUGGAGCAAGCCAUCAAACUGGUUGGACAUCCUUGAUCUUUCUAAUGAAUAGUUUUGGAGAAGGAUAA